GACUCAGGAGAGAACACAGCAACACUGACCCACAAGAUCUGUCCUUGAAGCACUGGGGGCCCGAGUUGGGGACACGCGUGGACAGAGCGAGCCCAGCCCGGAGGCCGCGGGGCUCUCCCGCCGCCGCCGGGCUCCCCCGCCCCCAGGCGCAGAAAGCCCGUGGAGCCCGCACGCGGGAGCUGAGCGCGCGCCAGCAAAGCCACUGGGCAUGCUCAGAAGCCGGGCAGGUUUGGGUCUGUGGCAGGCAGCUUGUGCAUUACACCCGUGCUCGCCGUCCUGGGGGAAGGAGGAGGAGGAGGAGGAGCGCGGGAGGGAGAGAAGGAGGAGCGGCGAGCAGUAGCCACGACCGCCACCACCAGGCAGAGAAAGAGUUCGUGAGGAGGGAGAGACCCUCCUUCCACUUGGAGCGCCUUGUGUCUGCUUUUGGAAAGACAGAAUACAAGAUAAAGGAGGAGAAGGAAAGAAGGAGGGGGAAGAGUGAGGAGGGAGAGAGAGAGAGAGAGGAGAAAAAAAAGACGCGAACAGAGAGGGCCGGAGCGUGCCGGGCGCCCGAGGCGCGGGGGCGGCGGUGCCGAGCCAAGAGCGCUGCCGCUUGGGCAGGUGCCGGGCCGCUGCCUGGAGGCGGCAUGUGACGCGGCCGCAGCUGCCCGCGGGCGGAGCGCUCUCGGACCCGGGAGCGCACACCGCGGGGCAAGUCGGUGCCUCCGGAUCCCCGCGCUGCUGGUGAGAUCGCCGGCGGCAGCCUCGCUUCUGCAAAGACGCGCGAUGAACCGAAGGGCGGCUCCGGGCAUGGGCGUGCGGUCCUAGGACACUCGCUCCCGGAGCGCCGAGCAGGAGGCGACUAAAGGACAGGGGACCCGGCGACCCCCGUGAGUCGAGGAGGCGCGGGCGGCCGGCGUGGGACGGUCACCUGGAGCGCAGCGGCCAGAUCUGAACAGUGAUGGCACACAUUUCAGUUAUGAGUCGCUCAGUGAGCUGUGGAUCGACAGAACGAUAAACAUGCCUGUCGUGAUGUAUGCCACUAAGCCUCUUCACUAGUAGCGACUGUGUUCUGCUCAGAGGCCAAAUAAAUGACAUUCAGAACUUCUACUGAGGUACUAUGAGCUUUCGUGGUAACAUGGCCCCUGUUUUCCUUCUACAAGAGAAAUUCAGCACACAGCAGAGUCCUUGAUAAAUUGGGUUAGUUUGAUGAUCCCACUUGGAAUAGACUAUGUCAGAGAAUCACAAUGACCUUGCACAAUAACAGUACAACCUCGCCUUUGUUUCCAAACAUCAGCUCCCCCUGGGUACACGGCCCCUCGGAUGCAGGGCUGCCCCCAGGAACGGCCACCCACUUUGGCAGCUACAACAUUUCUCGAGCAGCUGGGAACUUCUCCUCUCCCAAUGGCACCACCAAUGACCCUCUGGGAGGUCACACCAUCUGGCAAGUGGUCUUCAUCGCCUUCUUGACGGGCGUGCUGGCCUUAGUGACCAUCAUCGGCAACAUCCUGGUGAUAGUGGCCUUUAAGGUCAACAAGCAGCUAAAGACCGUCAAUAACUACUUCCUCUUAAGCCUGGCCUGUGCUGAUCUGAUUAUUGGGGUCAUUUCAAUGAAUCUGUUUACUACCUACAUCAUCAUGAACCGAUGGGCUUUAGGGAACCUGGCCUGUGACCUCUGGCUCUCCAUUGACUACGUGGCCAGCAACGCCUCGGUCAUGAAUCUUCUGGUCAUCAGCUUCGACAGGUACUUUUCCAUCACGCGGCCACUCACAUACCGAGCCAAACGAACCACAAAAAGAGCCGGUGUGAUGAUAGGUCUGGCUUGGGUCAUCUCCUUCAUCCUUUGGGCCCCCGCCAUCUUGUUCUGGCAGUACUUUGUUGGGAAGAGAACUGUGCCCCCAGGGGAGUGCUUCAUUCAGUUCCUCAGCGAGCCCACCAUCACCUUCGGCACGGCCAUCGCUGCCUUCUACAUGCCUGUCACCAUCAUGACUAUUUUAUACUGGAGGAUCUACAAGGAAACGGAAAAACGCACCAAAGAGCUCGCCGGCCUGCAAGCCUCGGGGACAGAAGCAGAGGCGGAAAACUUUGUCCACCCCACGGGCAGCUCUCGAAGCUGCAGCAGCUAUGAGCUUCAGCAGCAAAGUAUGAAACGCUCGGCCAGGAGGAAGUACGGACGCUGGCACUUCUGGUUCGCCACCAAGAGUUGGAAGCCCAGUGCCGAGCAGAUGGACGCAGACCACAGCAGCAGCGACAGCUGGAACAACGACGACGCUGCUGCCUCCCUGGAAAACUCGGCCUCCUCUGACGAGGACGCCGGCUCCGAGACGAGGGCCAUCUACUCCAUCGUGCUCAAGCUUCCCGGCCACGGCACCAUCCUGAACUCCACCAAAUUACCCUCAUCAGACAACCUGCGGGUGCCUGACGAGGAGCUGGGGGCGCCGGACUUGGAGAGGAAGGCCGGCAAACUGCAGACCCAGAAGGGCGUGGACGAUGGCGGCAGUUUCCAGAAAAGCUUCUCCAAGCUUCCCGUCCAGUUAGAGUCAGCCGUGGACACAGCCAAGACCUCUGAGGCCGACUCCUCGGCGGGUAAGGCCACGGCCACCCUCCCCCUGUCCUUCAAGGAAGCCACUCUGGCCAAGAGGUUUGCUCUGAAGACCAGAAGUCAGAUCACCAAGCGGAAGCGGAUGUCCCUCAUCAAGGAGAAGAAGGCGGCCCAGACCCUCAGCGCCAUCUUGCUCGCCUUCAUCAUCACCUGGACCCCCUACAAUAUUAUGGUUCUGGUGAACACCUUUUGUGACAGCUGCAUCCCCAAAACCUAUUGGAAUCUGGGCUACUGGCUGUGCUAUAUCAACAGCACCGUGAACCCCGUGUGCUAUGCCCUGUGCAACAAAACAUUCAGAACCACUUUCAAGAUGCUGCUCUUGUGCCAGUGUGACAAACGCAAGAGGCGCAGGCAGCAGUAUCAGCAGAGACAGUCGGUGAUCUUCCACAAGCGCGUGCCCGAGCAGGCCUCGUAGAGUGGGGUCUGACCAAUCGCGGUGACCAAACGCACGCACGUCGGCCCACAGACCUUAGCAGGGAAUGAGGCGAGGGCGGGGGCGAUUUCUGGGCAUGAUGAAUAUGGUUUUUAUCACCCAGAUAUGGAAGGAGCUGCCUGUUCACUGACCCAUUGAAUAAAUCCAUUUUAAUAGAGAAAGUCAAAUACCAAUUCAGCAAAAAAAAAAAAAAAAAAAAAAAGCCUAUUACCGAAUAUAAAGAGAUUUAUUCUUAAAUAGACUUCAAGUGUUUUUUUCUUAAAGAAAGGAAAAAAAAAAUGUUUCGUAGCAAUUACAUACCCAAAUUGAUCUGCUUGGUUCUUGUAAUUCCCAAUAGCGCUGGCAUCUCAGAUGAGCGUAACUAGCCGACACACUUGGCCACGUCCUUUCCAAGGAUUCCACGUGGAACACGUCAGGCUAGUGACCCCGUGGUUCUGAAAUUACGUCAUGCAAAGCUGAACCUUCUUGUCCCAAUAGAGCUUCCGUCUUCUCUGGUGUGUUGUUAAACUCUAUUUGUGGACUUGAUUCUUGCCAAGUACUGUUUUGUGCAGUUCCAGUCUCGUACAAAAUAAAAAUAUAGACGUAUAUA